AUGGCAUCAGCAGCAGUUCAACUUCCUGGAUCGCAUGGCUCCGCGCUAGCAUCGAAGCCCCAGGUUCCCGCCCCCGAGAAUCCGCACCACGUACAGACGACACUGAAUUUCUUCAAAGCAAAUGAAGACGGAUCUCCUCCUCAUCCCACAUACGUUGGACAGCCGGAGACGUACGAAAGGCCAUAUACCCCCCUUUCGGUUACUGUCCAUGAUAUCAGUGGCCAUGAGCUGGACUAUGCUCUCGAUACGCACGGAUUCCAGCUCUACUACCACGAAAGCCAAGAGAAGGACUUCCUAGACGACGAGAAGAUUAAGAGGGAUUAUUACCCGGAGACAGAGCAGCUGUUGAAAGACGCCACCGGUGCAACCCGCAUCCAUAUCUUCGACCACACCAUCCGCCGCGCCCCCAACGACGGCAGAGCAGGCAAAGACCUCCGCGGCCCCGUCCAACGAGUCCACAUCGACCAAUCCUACGAAGCCUCUAAGAGUCGCGUCCCCUUCCACCUACCCGAUGACGCCCCAGAGCUCCUCAAAGGCCGAUACCAAAUCAUCAACGUCUGGAGACCCAUUAAGACGAUUCUGAAGGAUCCUCUCGCCGUAGCUGAUGCGCACUCGGUUCCAGAUACUGAUCUCGUGGGCAUUAAGCUCAUUUACCCGAACCGGGAAGGAGAGACGUAUUCUGUUAAGCCGAAUCCUGAUAUUAAGUGGUAUUAUCGGUAUGGGCAGACGCCGGAUUUGGUGACUUUGAUUAAAUGCUUUGAUUCGAAGACUGAUGGGAGGGCUCGUCGUGUGCCUCAUACUGCUUUUGAGAAUCCGGAGACGGUUGGUGAGGCUGCGAGGGAGAGUAUUGAGGUUCGGGCGUUGGUUUUCCAUCCUGAUGAUCGUGAUUGA